CUGCUCGCAGUUUUAUUGAGGAACACGCUUGAGAAGUACGUGGACGUCGUUAACAGCUGGUGAAAGUGACUGAACAAGUGUUUCUGAAACACUGGCAUUAGGAGAAGAGCAGCGGUAAAUGGAUCUUCUCUGUCAGUCGGAUCAGUAAACGCAGGUUUUCGUGAUAAGGGCAAUAUGUCUCGUAAACUGCACGCGAGAAGAAUUGAAGGAAUUGACAAGAAUAUAUGGGUGGAAUUCAGUCAGCUGGCUGCUGACUAUAAGGCUGUGAACCUGGGUCAAGGGUUCCCUGAUUUCUCCCCUCCUCAUUUCAUUCAGGAGGCCUUCUGCGAAGCCCUGAAUGGAGGUUUCUCCAAGCACCAGUACACACGUGCUUUUGGCCACCCAAAUCUUGUGAAGAUCCUGGCCAAAUUCUUCAGUAGGAUUGUUGGCCAGGAAAUAGACCCAAUGGAGGAUAUCUUGGUUUCUGUAGGAGCAUAUCAAGCGCUUUUCUGCACCUUUCAGGCUCUUAUUGAUGAGGGCGAUGAGGUGAUUAUUGUGGAGCCAUUCUUUGACUGUUAUCAGCCAAUGGUAAUGAUGGCGGGCGGAACGGCUGUAUAUGUGCCCCUUAAACCAAGGGAAGGCUGUGGUCCUGUUCUAUCCAGUGCUGACUGGGUGCUGUCUCCUGAAGAGUUGGCGAGUAAAUUUAGUCCUCGUACCAAAGCUAUUGUCAUUAACACUCCUAAUAACCCUCUUGGCAAGGUCUAUCUGCAGGAGGAACUUCAGAUGAUUGCUGACUUGUGCAUUAAACAUGACAUCAUUUGCAUCAGCGACGAAGUGUACGAGUGGCUCACAUAUGAUGGAACAAAACAUGUGAAAAUUGCCAGUCUGCCAGGUAUGUGGGAACGCACUGUAACCAUUGGGAGUGCAGGCAAGACUUUCAGUGCCACAGGAUGGAAGGUGGGUUGGGCAAUGGGACCAGGGCAUAUCUUGAAGCACUUAAAAACCGUCCAUCAGAACUCGGUGUAUCACUGUGCCACAGCUGCCCAGGAGGCUGUAGCAGUAGGUUUUCAGAGGGAAUAUGAUGUUUUUGGAACAGAGGAAAGCUAUUUCCACCAGUUCCCCAUAGAUCUUCAUCAAAAGCGGCUGAGGCUGGCAGAUUGUCUGAAGAGCGUUGGACUAAAACCUGUCCUACCCCAGGGAGGAUACUUCAUGAUCGCAGAUAUCUCAAAUCUUAAUGUUGACUUUACUGACCCUGAUACUAAAGAUGAACCCUAUGACUACAGAUUUGUGAAAUGGCUCAUAAAAGAGAAGGGACUGGCCACUAUCCCUGUGUCUGCUUUCUUCAGCCCGGAACACAAAGACCAAUUCCAGAAAUACAUCCGAUUCUGCUUCGUAAAGGAGAACUCAACCCUGCAAGCAGCAGAGGACAUAAUGAGGCAGUGGAGUGACCACAAAUGAAAAUUCUAAAUUCAGGCAGUACAGGCCUGUCACAGACUGAAAAAUCAGAAACGCAAGAGAACCACUUUGAGAUUUUCUUCAUCGAUAAUAAUUUCAUAUUGUUUCAUCUCUACACUGAUAUAUGUUAAACGGUGAUGUCAGUAUUGCCUUAUCAGUUUGAACCUGAAACACACCCAGUGAAUAUUAGAGAAGGGGAUCGAGCAGAACUUGUGAAAGCACAGCUCUUACAGGUCGUUUCAGAAUAGUAUGUUUUUGUUUGGAGUUCUCUCAUACUUUUAGAUAUACUGUUUUGUGAUUGCUACUGCUGUUUGUUUUAUCCUGAUCUUUAUUACAGCAGAGUAUGUAAUUGUGUUAUAUUAUCCAUUUGCGAGAGACUCCCGGAGCAUGUCUGCAUUAUGCUGGGUUAAAUAAACAACCCAGCUUGCUGGUUCAGCUUGGCCCAGUGUUUCUUAAACCUUUUUGGUAACGCCCCUGUUUAAAACGUUUUUUUUUUAUUCACCUGGAACCCCUUUUAUGGUGAGAAUCUUUUAAUGUCAGGCUUGUUGAGAAGGUGUUAAAGUCAAUGGUCUGGAAAAGAAAGAUUCGGUGGAACUAGCCAAUUGAUAAAAGACAGGGCCAGCCACCAUUCAAACAUUCACACAAUUUUGCCUUUUCUAUGUUUUUAACCUACUCUGAGAAUAGCCUAACAUGUGUUCUGUCCUGUAUUCAGCCACUGGUCCAAAAAAAAAAAAACAUUUUAACUUGUGAUAUAACAAUAUAUGUAUUUAUUACUUAUCAAUUUAACAUAAUUUGCUGGAUAAAAGUUUUAGUUUUUCAAUCAUUAAUAAUAAUUUAACCAAAAUAAUAAUUAUAAUUUUUGUGUGUGUGUAACAUCAGGAGAACAGAAAUUUCUCUAAUCAUUAUUUUCAGUUUAUCUUUUCAUUACCAUAAAUUAACUUUUUAUAAUGGUUGUAUUCUAAUUGUUUUCACUUUGACAUCCAAUAAUGCACCACAGUAAACAACACUUAAAUUUAGCCAGUUAAUCACUCAUUCCGGCUAUAAUAAUAAUAGUAAUACUAACAUUAUUAUUAUCGUCAUAUAACAUUACUAUUAUUCAUUAUUAUUUUAUUUUAUUAUUUAAU